AUGAUUCUCCGAGUAUUAUUCCCUUUGCUCACGAUAUUCCUUCUCGCGGGGUGUGAUACGAAUAGCAGCUUGCCACUUGAUAUCGUAGACACGCAUCUACCUACGGAUCGUACGAUCGAGGAAACGGGCAGACCGAGUUUGUGCACUGUGUGCAAUUGUACAGAUCGCUACGUAAACUGUAGCAACCGUGCCCUGGAAAAUCACUUCAACAAUAGCCAAUGGUCGGACAUCAAGGCGGCAAAGGAGAUUUCGUUCGAGGGUAAUCUCUUGGUACAUGUCACGCCUUUCCCGAAGAUAAUCGUCGAACGAUUAAUCCUGCGAAAAAAUCGCAUCGCCGUGAUCGACUAUAGCGCCUUCAAAGAGCUCGUUAAUCUCACUGAGUUAGACCUGAGUUACAAUCAGCUCACGUCGCAACGACUGCAGCCGCAUGUUUUCGAGGGCAAGUUCUCGCCAGAAGCGUACGAGCCUCUGUCGAACCUGAAAACCUUGAAUCUGGCUGGUAAUUCACUCCAUUGGCUGCAUCAGAGUCUAUUCGAGCACCUUGCCAGCUUGAAGGUGUUGAAUCUCUCUGAGAAUCCUUUCAUUAUGUUCGAUUAUCGUACGUCCAUAGCGAUCAGUAGCUUAUCGUACUUAGAGGAAUUGGACAUCAGCUAUUGCAGUUUAAAGGAAUUGCCAAAGAUUCAGUUUCAUACCGCCAAAUACUUGAAGAAGUUGAACUUGGCCGGCAAUUCACUUGUUUACGUGCCCACGUCUUUGGAAGGAGCCGAGGCACUGGAAUGUCUUCGUCUGGAUGACAAUCCGAUAAAGGUGAUCGAUCACACGAACGCUUUCCCGAAUUUGACGAACUUGAGGGAAGUCAGUUUGUGCUACAUGCAGAAUCUAACGGCGAUCGAGAACGGCGGGUUGUCGAAGCUGGUCAAUCUGGAAAAUCUCUACGUGCAAAAUUGUCCGAAAUUACAGCAGAUCGAUGAUUACGCAUUGGGAUAUCAGAAUCUCGAGGGCGGCGCAACGUGGCCGCCGUUAAAGAAACUGAUCAUAUCAGAUAACGCUCUUCGAUAUUUGCCGGCCAUGCUCGUAGGCAGAUGGGACAAACUCGAAGAAUUGGAUCUGAUGAACAACGAAUGGAGCUGCGAUUGCAAUAAUCAAUUUCUGGUCGGCAUUUUGCUGCCGCAAUACGGCAAGCGACUGAUGGGAGACGAGGUCGGUCAGCUCACCUGUUCCGCACCGCCGGAACACGAGGGGAGGAACCUCACGUCCUUGACCAACUGGCAUCUACGCUGCUUGGAUUUGUACAACGCACGACCGGAGAGAGACGCCGCGAUACUCGUGGGUAUGAUGAUCGGCCUCCUCAUAGCGAUCCCGGUUGCCAUGGCGUUCUUCGUGUUGUGGCGGCGCGGCUUCUUCUUUUGUGGCUCGCAGAGUCCCGCCAGCUUCUCCCGUGCCUUUUACAAGCGUGCGUCCAACGACGACGACAUUUAAUCGUUAUUAACGGUAGUGUGUUAGUCAUCACAAAUACUUGAUAUCACACUUGAUCACCAUCACAUCGCCGAGGAACGAACGAGUUUGUAUUUAUCGUCGAGUCGCAACGGAAAGCCACCCUAGCAUGCUGCAUCUGUUUAAUCUAAACGCUUCGAGUAUGUAUAUUUUUGUUUAUUCGUUACGUUUUACUAAUCCGUUGCGAUUCGGGCUGUCGUCUCUUUCCAGCCGGUCCGCACGAAUUCGCUCACCGAACAACACUUUCUCAAUUGUAUGCUCAUUUUAACAUCGCAGCGUUCAAGCAACGAAACAACGCGCGUACAUUUGUACCGCGUUUCAUUGAAGUACAUUGUAUUCAGUACAAUGUACAUUCAGUACAUUGAAAUACUUAAAUUUAGCGUCAGUGUACAAAGGACGAUUUUGCGACAGGAUCGGCUGGCUGGAAGAACGAGACGCCGACGUCGCAGAGGAUUAAGAUAUCACAACUCACCACCGAGGGGGCGAUUUUUUGUCUUAAUGAGCAUUAACCGAAUGUAGAUGGAUGGUACA